AUGUCUUGGCAUCCCACCACAGGAAGCGCAACCUCAUUGACGACGCCGCCCACCAGCCCCGCGCACUGUGUCCACCGCCCCCCCUUCUACGUCCCCAGGCCGAAUUCGAGACGAAAAUACACCAUGCCGGGUCCCAAGAACACACUCCUCAUCGAGGGUACCUUUGAGGAGCUUACCGACGAGUUCGCACAAUACAUUGACGGCCUCAAAAAAUCUCAGGGCGACGAGAGUUCCAAUCUGCAGGGCGAGAGCGCGGAUCUGCUCAAGGAGAACAAGAAGGAUGAGGUCCUCAAGAAGCUGGUAGUCGGCAGUCAGGCGCUGAACCAGGCACCAGAAAAGGAAUUCAUAGCAGCAUACAACCUGCUCAUCCACCUUGUGAUGCAGUCGCCAAAUGUUUCCAUGUACCUGCCCAAGAUCUGCAACAAUCUGAGCGCGCCAAUCUCCUCGUCACCCCAGAACGGUGGCGGCCUCGCCCUUUCGAUUCUCAGCACAAUCUUCAACACCACCCCAGCCAACAGCGAGGUGAGGUACCACGUCUUCCUCUCCAUCCUCCGCAUCAUCCGCGCCACCUCCAACUUCGAGACUCUGCGCCCACAGCUGAUGCAACUGGACGCCUGGUUGGAGGCAUGGGAAACCAGCAGCGAUGAGAACCGCAAGCUGUACCUAGCAAUUAGCGAUGUCGCAGCCGACGCUGGUGAAGAUGAACAGGCGUACACAUACCUCAUCCGCGCUCUGCGCACAUUCUCUUCGGAAGAAGUCUCAAGCCAAGAGGCUCGCGAUCUCUCCCUUCGCGCGCUCAAGGCCGCCCUCACACACCCCAACCACUUCGACUUCCAAGACCUCACCGAACUGGACUCCAUUCAGGCUCUGCGCAACUCCGACCCUAUAUACUUCCAGCUCCUCGAAAUCUUCAACUCGGAUCUGCUGGACGACUACAACGACUUCAAGGACGAGCACGACGGUUGGGUUGCCGAGUCCGGCCUUGACGGCGAUGCUCUAAAUCGUAAGAUCCGCCUCCUCACAUUGGCCUCUAUGGCGGCCUCAGCAGGACAGACGCGCUCCCUCCCCUACGAGAGCAUUGCCAAGGCCCUGCAAAUCCCCAAUGAGGACGUCGAGAUGUGGGUUAUCGACGUGAUCCGCGCCGGUCUCGUCGAGGGCAAGCUCAGUCAGUCCAACCAGACGUUCCUCAUUCACCGCUCCACAUAUCGCGUCUUUGGCGACAACCAGUGGAGAGAGGUGGCUUCGCGGUUGGAUUUGUGGCGGAACAGCUUGCAGGGCGUCCUGCAGGUCAUCCAGCAGGAGAAGCAGCGAUUUGUGCAGGAGAGGGAGGAAGAGGCGCAGAAGGCUGACCAAAAGGCCGAGAUGUCAUCGAGGUUUGGAAACAGGGGUGGGCAGAGGAAGCAGCAGCCGAGGGCUAUCGACGAUGAUUUGGACUAG